AUGGUGCCAAAUAGUAAUCCGCAAUCAGUGAUGAUCAUAUGCAGAAAUGAACAUGAACACGAACAAGAAGAACGGAAUCGUACAGCAUGUUUACCAUCACCCAUUCGGAAAUCAAUGCCAAAAUAUGCUAAAUGUGGGUUGUCACAAAUGCAAAUUAAGUCAUCAUUAGUUCAAGAUAAUUCAAAUGCUCCAAUAAUGGAAACAAAGUUAAUCAAUUUAGUAUCGUACUAA